UUCGAUCCCAAAAAAGUGGAGCGCUCCUCCAAUGUGGAGAAACAGUUGGCCUCCUACAAAGCCCCCUGCAGGGGCUGCAGCAAAAAGGUGUCUCUGGUAAAGAUGAGGUCCCACAUUUCCUCGUGUUCCAAAGUACAAGAGCAGAUAGCCAACUGUCCCAAGUUUGUCCCUGUGGUUCCCACAUCCCAACCUAUACCAAGCAAUAUUCCAAACCGGUCGACAUUUGUAUGUCCGUUCUGUGGGGCCAGAAACUUAGACCAGCAGGAACUGGUGAAGCACUGUAUGGAAAACCACCGCAAUGAUCCCAACAAAGUGGUGUGCCCAGUGUGUUCAGCCAUGCCAUGGGGAGACCCCACCUAUAAGAGCUCCAACUUUCUGCAGCAUCUUCUUCACAGACAUAAGUUCUCAUACGACACCUUUGUUGAUUACAGCAUCGAUGAAGAGGCAGCACUUCAGGCGGCUCUGGCAUUGUCACUGGCUGAAAACUGACAUCAGACCCUGCUCUGUUCUCCCCACUCCUGUGCUGUUCUUCCACGGCAGAGCACUUUCAUUUUAUUCCAAAACAAAAGCAGCGUUGACCAAUCUUCACUGCGCCAUACGGAUUUAACGUUUUUUGAGGACAGGCUGGACUGUAGGUCCGGAGUGGAUCCAAUUACCACCCAGGAAAAACUCAGACACCUUGACCGUUGCAACCUCCCCCCCCACCAUCUACAAUUUGGAAACAGUUCGUCAGAUCCCAUUUGGGCCACUGCAGCAUGAAGGGCUAUCUCCUUGGAAAAAGUCUCAUCUGUUUGUUUGUUCUGCUGCUGACUCUUAAGGCCUCAUCCGUGGUCCAGCUCCCUGACCACAUGCAUCGAUCCACCAAGGUAGACACUGUGAGUAACCUGGCCUCAGUUUCUGCUUCUGCACUGACCAGGAUGGAAUCUUUGGCUGCCCAUCAGUAAGAUCUAACGAGCAUCUGCACAAAUCCACACAUCUCCUCAGAGACAAAACACUGGAGGUGAUUCUUCAGUAGCAUUGUCAGGCUGCAGUGGAUCAUGUACACAAAAACUGGACUUUUUAUGUUGCUCAGAAGUGAGAAUAUUUCAGUAGACUUGCAAUUUAACCCAUCCAUGUUGCUGUCCACAACAUGUUUUAUGGUCACGAUCAGUGAUCAGUGCACCCACAAUCCCUCACUGACCUGAUAGUAGUUUUACAGUUUUGAUUGUGAGGCAGAUGCCUGGCAGUCAGUUACACAUUCCUUCUGUUUUUGCUUUUUUCUCAAUUAAAAGUUUCAGAUCAUUAUAAAAAUAUGUUGGACACAGAUGAGUAAAUUCAAAAAGCUGUUUUAAACGUUGAUUUCAGUCAUAAAGGAAAGGAAUUCCUUUAUGACUGAACCUGGACCCAUGUGGAGAAGUAAUGGGUCCCGUUCUAAAGCUAGUGACUUCUUGUUCCACCCUUCCAUCUUUUUUGUUUUCCCAAUGUCUUUCUGAGGUUGCCUUCCUUCAGUACUUUGGAUCAUUUUUCGUCUGCAGAACCGAAAUGUACUUGGGCUUAUGGUCCCAUAUUGAUAAGUUGAUAUUUUGCCUGUGGGAUUAGACCUUAAAAGUCUUGAUUCCAUCAAUUACGGAAAGUCAUCUAGAUCUAUAAGAAUCAGGCCAGCUCCAGAUUCUUUGGACUGCCACCACCGUGUUUAACUCCCAUUACGAUAUUCUUAAUCUGAAAUGCUGUUAGUUUUACACCAGAUGUAACUGGAUUCAUGCCUUCCAAAAAGUUCCACUUUUGCCUCAUCAGUUCACAAAACUGAUGAGCCCAUAGUCUUGGGCUUCGUCCAGAUGUUUUCUGGUAAGACAGACCUUCAUGUUCUUUUGGGUCAGCAGUUGUUCUGACCUUUGAACUCUCUAGUGGAAGCCAUUUUUGUUCAAUUUCUCCCUUCAUUACUGUUGAACCAUGAACUCCGACCUACACUGGUGUUUUUUUGCUCAUCUUGAUCCAAAAUUUAAUUUUGUGUGAUUAUCUGAAACAUUUAGGAGUGUCAGAAAAGCAAAACGAAAUAAAUGUAUAACAGGCAAAUACAUUUUCAUUGCUCUGUUUGUCAUUAAGUCGCCCAAUGCUAACCACAGGAAGACAUAGUCAGUGUUGGUUGUUUCUUCCCUGCGGUCCAGCAGAAAAACGGGUGGUGAGUUGGUAGCGGUUAUUUUAGGACCAGGACCAAAUUUGUCUUGAUGGGAAUCGCAAAUAUUUUGGGGGGAAAGGUCCACAUGAGGUAUGUUCUGUCUGGUGGCUUUCAUCCAUUGUUUAGGCUGACUGUUGGACACUCAAACUGCCACAACAUAUACCCUCUGUCACCAGUAUAGGUCUGGAACUCUAAUUUGGUCCAGGCUCUAGAUGCAAGCAACUAUGAGGACAGCAGCAUUGGCUCAGUAGGUUUUCUUUACUAACCCAAACAUUAUACGUAACAUCUAACUCCUGGAAGCUGAGCUGUUUGUUCUCUCAGCUGUCAUUCCUUCCUCAACAUCAAGAGAUGGAAACUUCAAAGAUCCAUCUUCGUCUCCAGCAGAUUCUGUUGCACUGUUGAAGAUUAACACAUGACUGCAGCAUACUGGGGUUUAUUUAGUACUUUUAAUGCAGUUACAUGACAGACUGCAGCUACAAGAAGUCCCGAAGUGCAUCAGAAAAGAAAAAAAAAAUCAAUGACAUCUAAAAGUUGUCAGACAAAACCCGUUUUUGUAAAGGAUUUGAAAAUCGUUUCAGAUUAAGUAAUCCUGAGUUAGCUGGCAGAAUUUGCUGUAAUCUAGGGGGAUUUAAUAGCCAAUAAGGAUUACAACGUCCAACCUUGGAAGAGUCACAGGUUUAACAAGGUUUAGCAAUCCAGAGUGGUUUGAAGUGGUGACACAGAGCUGGUUGUCCAACAUACAGAUGCCAGUAAUUUAUAUAUAGGCUUGUACAGAUACAAACUCCAAUCAGGUGUCAAUCCUAUGUAUGCUUAAAAACCAAGUAACUUUACACACCUCUAAAAUAGCACAUUAUAUUAUCUACAUUAGGGUAAUGACUGCGUCCUAUUUUACUCACCAGUGACAUUCAUGGCACAUGCCAUCAGGUUCUCUGGACACAAUCAAGUGUCCAAAACUCACUCACUCGUGGUAAACAUUUCAGUUUCCCACAACAAGAGCACCUCCUCGAGUCAGAAUUCCAACGGAAACGUUGAGACUUGCCAAGCAGCAGUGACUUUAAACAUCCAAUGUGGCUGCUGGGGGAUGUAGUGAUGUUGACAUGACCAACAUAAAUCCUUCAUUUGUACUUCCUACAGGUUAUACCUGUAAGACGGGCAUCCUAAGUUCUGUACAACCUCUAUUUAUGUACAUGUUAUUUUAGUUGGGUUUUUUUUUUUACAUACAUUUGUUCACAAAGCUAAUGGCAGUUGGCAGCAAAAAUAAAUAGCAAAUCUUGCUGUUUUGUUGAAUUGUAACAUAGGUGUGGCGUCAUUCCCAACUCGUGUCCUGGGAAAAAUUUCUGCAGGACACACGGCUCCAAUUCAUCUCUAAUUAUCCUGAAAUAUUUAAUAUAAAUUAUCCAAAUACAAUCCAAACAUAGUGACAGAUUAGAUUUAGUGACAGUCCCAUCUGAUCUAAAUUGUGACACCAAACUGUCUGAUUUGAAUUAUAAUGCCAUUUAGUCGGUCAGGUGCUAACACCUGAGAUGCUAACACCUGACCGACUCAUUGCUAUUGGCAAAGAGCCAUUCCUUGUGGAAUAAUAUUACUAAUAGUACUGAACAAACAUGCGUAGUUGGCAGAAAUGAACAACUCUCUUUUAACAGGAAGAAACCAGAAUCAGACGCAGUGAGAUGAUCCCUGGAAACCUACAGGGGGUUAGAGAAGAAUGCGGUAAAUACAGAAAAACACAGCACACUUUCUGUCUGAUUAUGUAGAGAUGAUGUUAGUUGUAGUCUGUCAGAACAGACAGUUUUGCUAUGCUUACCUUUUAUUUACAAACUUUAUACAUCUGUUUCAUACACAGCUACAGUUUAACCAGUAGAUGGCAGACUUUCCCCAGCCAUACAGAUGCUGUUCUGAAUGUGAGCUACACAUAAGUCUUGUAAAUCCUAAUCAGCACAAUGACCUGAUGUGGAUAAGUUAGAAGAUGGAGAUGUUGGCAUCGGUGGACAGAUGGGUGCUGCUUGUAUUCUAAAUAUUUCAGUUUACAUCUCUUAUUUUGCUCACAUUAAUAUGUAGCUUUGUGGGGUUGGUUGCCACCUGCAGGCUGGAUGUUUAUAAAGCUGCUGCUGAAGGUUGUAGAACCUCAUAGAUUUUGGAAAAAAAAAGUUUUUUUUUUUUUUUACUUCCCAUGGGGGAUGAUUGAUUCUCCAUAUAUGUCACUAUGACAAAAUUUGGACAUACCUCUAUCAGAAAUCUCCCAGUAAUUAACAGUUGACCAAGAAAGGGCCUUACGUUUGAUAUAAAAACGUCCUUCACAUUCUAAGCAAUACUACUGUGCUGUUAUGUAAAGACGGAAGAAAAAUAGGAGUCUCUCAAGAACCUGACCUCUUUUGGACUUUCCAUUCUAACUAUUUGUUUUUAUGUUCUGAAGAUAAACCCUCAAACUGAUCUUUUACCUGAUAGUGGUCUACUUACUUUUUGUUGUUGUUUCUGUACUAUGUUACCAUGGGAAACAGAUUAUGUAUCAUAUGAGUCCUCCCUGAUCUGAUUUCAACAUAUUUUUUGUCAUAGCUAUGCUGUCUGUUAGAUUUAUGUCUUCUAUACUGAGAACACACUGUAUUGCUUACGAGUCUAAAAAGAAUUUCUGGAAAUUAAUUUGGUCCACUUUUAUUCUUUUGAAUAAAACUAUUUUGCCAGU